UUAGAAUUUUAGAUUCAAAAAUGUCGACUUGGCAAAAAUAUCGAAAGUCUCCAAGAUUUCCUUCUUCCCUUAUUUCUUUUUUGCUACUUGUUGCUUUGCUAUUUAUGGUGUCAUCACUUCUUUGGUAUGGCACACCUUACAGCUUAUAUGACCGAAGGGUAGUUUCCUACCAUCGUAUGCCUGAUUAUCGCAAUUUGCCUGUGGAACGUUAUUUGGAAAUUGCGCCUAUUGUGGAAAAAUCAGAAAAUUAUUUGAAUGAAAGGAGUUUGCGUUUAGGAAAUAUGGUAAAUACAAGUUUUGCGAAAUUUGUGAAGGAGAUUCCAGCAAAGGACGGAAAUUGGUGUGAACGAAUGGGUAUUGGCAAACUUGACAGUGAGGAACAUAAAAAAUUGGAAGGAUGGGCUUUUACUAACGAAGACAAAACUUUUUCUACAGAGGAGUCAAUAAAACCUGGGGAGACUGUCAAUAAUCAGUGUAUUCGACUUAAAGAAAAAUUUCCUUUCAUUGAUGAACCUCUUUCAGAAGAAGAAAGGGAAUUUCCACUUGCCUAUGGCAUGCUAGUGUAUAAAUCGGCUUUCCAAGUUUACAUGAUGAUGAGUGCUAUUUAUCAACCUCAAAAUAUUUAUUGUAUUUUGGUUGACGAAAAAUCAAGUAAAGAAUUUAAAGAUUCAAUGUUAUUGCUUACUGACUGUUUUCCAAAUAUUUUUGUUAUGGUUGGGAUUAAUUAUAAAAUCGUUUUAACCUUUUUUAAGGCAAGUGUUGGCCCUGUUGGUUGGUGUGAAUUUGGAAUAACUCGUUCACUUUUCAAUUGCCUUCGUUAUUUGACUGAGAGGAAACACGACUGGAAAUAUUUUCAGUAUUUGAGUGGAUUUGAUUUGCCCUUGAAAACAAAUCUGGAGAUGGUUCGAAUUUUUAAGCAGCUUCAUGGAUCUAUCAAUACCGAAGUUUCUGUGUAUCAGACUGGCAGGCUUGAUCAAGAACUUAAAAAUAUCAAGCCCCCAUUAACUUUAUGGAAGUCAAGUAUGUCUUCUUUGGUUCCACGUGAAGCAGCUAAUGUCUUGAUGGCCAGUCCUAAAGUACAUGAAUUGAUGAGAUUCUUGCAGCACUCAGACUGUUCUGAUGAAGCUGUUUGGACCACUAUUACAGGAAAUCCACAAGAAUUAAAAAUUCCCGGAGGAUUUAACGCUGCAGCUUUCCAUUAUGAGAGAAUGGAGUGUCUUAAACAUAAAAAAGGAAAUAUUACAGCAAUCAUUGAACAGGAAGUGAAAGCAAUGGCUGAAAGACAUCCAAAUGAGCCUUUCCUCCCUGACAAUUAUUAUAUCUCUCGUUAUCAAGUUUGGGGUACAUCUACUUUACAUAAAUGUUGCUCGCAACAUUAUUCUAGUGCUUCAUGUGUUUUUGGGAUUAAAGAUAUUCCUUAUAUGCUUAAAAGACCAGAACUUGUACAACACAAAAUGUAUUUGAGUUUUCAACCUGCAGCCUAUUUUUGCCUUUGGAAAACAAUACAUGAGAGAGCACUUGAUUGGCGUAAUCAAAAAGAAUUUAAGGCUACCGCCUAUUCUGAACUUCCAACAGUUAAACAUGUUAGGGAGGGGAAUGAACACUUUUAUGACGAUAAGUGUCUUUUAUCUUUAUGGUGA